GAAAACACCCCAAAAAUGGCAGGAUCGGGCCCGCAGGGGCUCGGCCCCAUCCCCGCCAGCGGCCGCGCGUCCCCGGCAGCACCCCCAGAUGGUGACGAGGAUCUGCUGCGGGGCCUCGAGGGGGCCCUGGGGGUGAAGAAGAAGAAAAGGGGCCCCCGGAAACAGAAGGAAAACAAACCCGGGAAACCCCGGAAACGGAAAAAACUGGUGAGCGAGGAUGAGCUGGAGUCCGAGAGGGACGAGUACCCCCGCGAGGAGUACCGGGAGAAGUCGGAGAGCGGCGGCAGCGACUCGGGCGGCGCGGCGCGCAAGCGGCGGCGGAAGCACCGCGAGAAGAAGGAGAAGAAAACCAAGAGGAGGAAAAAGGCCGACGAUGAGGGCGGGCAGAAGGUCAAGGCGGUGGAGCAGAAAUCCUCGGCGCAGCUCCUGGGGGCCUGGGGGCUGGAGGACGUGGACCACGUGUUCACCGAGGAGGAUUAUCACACCCUCACCAACUACAAGGCCUUCAGCCAGUUCAUGAGGCCCCUGAUCGCCAAGAAGAACCCCAAGAUCCCCAUGUCCAAGAUGAUGACCAUCCUGGGGGCCAAGUGGCGGGAGUUCAGCGCCAACAACCCCUUCAAGGGCUCGGCGGCGGCCGUGGCCGCGGCUGCAGCGGCCGCAGCGGCCGCCGUGGCCGAGCAGGUGUCGGCCGCCGUGGCCGCCGUGUCCGUGGGGUCAACCUCAGAGGGCCCCGGGCACAAGAAGCGCAGCAAGAGCCCGCGGGUGCCCGAGCUGAAGAGGAAGAUGAAGGGCAGGAAGAUGGCGCCGCUCAAGAUCAAACUGGGAGUACUGGGAGGCAAACGCAAGAAGAGCAGCUCGAGCGAGGACGCGGGCGAGGCCGAGGAGGAGUCUGACGCCGAGAGCCCCGGGGGGGCUCUGGGGGCCGCGCCCCGCCCCGACCCCGGCGCGCGCCUCAAGAAGCUCAAGCGGGGCCGCCCCGGCCGCAAGAAGAAGAAGGGUGAAGGUGACAGCCGCGCGUGCCCCGCAGGGCCUGGCCCCGAGGACGAGGGCGAUGGCUACGAGACCGACCACCAGGACUACUGCGAGGUGUGCCAGCAGGGCGGGGAGAUCAUCCUGUGCGACACCUGCCCCCGCGCCUACCACCUGGUGUGCCUGGACCCCGAGCUGGACCGCGCGCCCGAGGGCCGCUGGAGCUGCCCCCACUGCGUGAGGACUGGGAGGGACUGGGAGGGACUGGGGGCAUCCUGAGGGGACUGGGAGGGGACUGGGGACAUCGAGGGCGAGAAGGAGGAGGAAGACGACCACAUGGAGUACUGCCGCGUGUGCAAGGACGGCGGCGAGCUGCUGUGCUGCGACGCCUGCGUGUCCUCGUACCACAUCCACUGCCUGAACCCGCCGCUGCCCGAGGUCCCCAACGGAGAGUGGCUCUGUCCCCGCUGCACGUGCCCGGUGCUGAAGGGCCGCGUGCAGAAGAUCCUCUACUGGCGCUGGGGGGAGCCCCCCGCCCCCGUGGCCGCCCCCGGGGCCCCCCAGGCGCAGGAGGGGCCCCCCCAGGCCCUGCAGGGCCGCUCGGAGCGCGAGUUCUUCGUCAAGUGGGUGGGGCUGUCCUACUGGCACUGCUCCUGGAUCAAGGAGCUCCAGCUGGAGAUCUUCCACCUGGUGAUGUACCGGAACUACCAGCGCAAGAACGACAUGGACGAGCCCCCUCCCCUGGACUACGGCUCGGGGGACGACGACCCCAAGAGCGAGAAGCGGGGGGCCGGGGGGGACCCCCUCUUCGGGGGCAUGGAGGAGCGCUUCUACCGCUACGGCAUCAAGCCCGAGUGGAUGACGGUGCACCGCAUCAUCAACCACAGCGUGGACCGGAAGGGGCAGUACCACUACCUGGUGAAGUGGCGGGACCUGCCCUACGACCAGGCCACCUGGGAGGAGGACGAGAUGCCCAUCCCCGACUACGACCUGCACAAGCUGGCCUACUGGAAGCACCGGGAGGUGUUCAUGGGCGAGGACCCGGCCCAGCCGCGCCGCUACAAGAAGAAGAAGAAGGAGACGCCAGGGGAGGGGCCCCCCGACUCGCCCACCAACGACCCCCAGGGCCACACCAAGGGCCCGUUCCUCGUCAGCGCGCCGCUCUCCACCAUCAUCAACUGGGAGCGCGAGUUCCAGAUGUGGGCCCCGGCCUUCUACGUGGUCACCUACACCGGGGACAAGGACAGCCGCGCCAUCAUCCGCGAGAACGAGUUCUCCUUCGACGACACCGCCAUGAAGGGCGGCAAGAAGGCCUUCAAGAUGAAGGGCCACACCAAGGGCCCGUUCCUCGUCAGCGCGCCGCUCUCCACCAUCAUCAACUGGGAGCGCGAGUUCCAGAUGUGGGCCCCGGCCUUCUACGUGGUCACCUACACCGGGGACAAGGACAGCCGCGCCAUCAUCCGCGAGAACGAGUUCUCCUUCGACGACACCGCCAUGAAGGGCGGCAAGAAGGCCUUCAAGAUGAAGCUGUUGGGUCCCUGCCUGGUGGUGGACGAGGCCCACCGCCUCAAGAACAACCAGUCCAAGUUUUUCCGGGUGCUCAACGGGUACAAGAUCGAGCACAAGCUGCUGCUGACGGGGACCCCGCUGCAGAACAACCUGGAGGAGCUCUUCCACCUGCUCAACUUCCUCACGCCCGAGCGCUUCAAUAACCUGGAGGGGUUCCUGGAGGAGUUUGCCGACAUCUCCAAGGAGGACCAGAUCAAGAAGCUGCACGACCUGCUGGGCCCCCACAUGCUGCGGCGCCUCAAGGCCGACGUCUUCAAGAACAUGCCGGCCAAGACGGAGCUGAUCGUGCGCGUGGAGCUCAGCCCCAUGCAGAAGAAGUACUACAAGUACAUCCUGACGAGGAACUUCGAGGCGCUGAACUCGCGGGGCGGCGGCAACCAGGUGUCGCUGCUCAACAUCAUGAUGGACCUCAAGAAGUGCUGCAACCACCCCUACCUGUUCCCCGUGGCGGCCAUGGAGUCCCCGAAGCUGCCGAGCGGUGCCUACGAGGGCGGGGCCCUGAUCAAGGCCUCGGGGAAGCUGCUGCUGCUGCAGAAGAUGCUGCGCAAGCUGAAGGAGCAGAACCACAGGGUGCUCAUCUUCUCCCAGAUGACGAAGAUGCUGGACCUGCUGGAGGAUUUCCUGGACUACGAGGGCUACAAGUACGAGCGCAUCGACGGCGGCAUCACCGGGGCGCUGCGGCAGGAGGCCAUCGACCGCUUCAACGCGCCGGGGGCGCAGCAGUUCUGUUUCCUGCUGUCGACGCGGGCCGGGGGCCUCGGCAUCAACCUGGCGACGGCCGACACCGUGGUCAUCUUUGACUCGGACUGGAACCCCCACAACGACAUCCAGGCCUUCAGCCGCGCGCACCGCAUCGGCCAGGUUGGACUGGUCUGUGUUGGGUUGGACUGGGACGUGUUGGGUUGUGCUGGGCUGGGUUGGGUUGGACUGGGCCAUGCUGGGUCACGUUGGGUCAUGUUGGGCUGGACUGGGUCACGUUGGGUUGUGUUGGGCUGGACUGGGCCAUGCUGGGCUGGACUGGGCCAUGUGGAGCCAUGUUGGUGUGUGACAAAGCCGUGUCACCUCACCUUGGAGCGCGUCCGCCCGUGUCUCAGCACACGUGUCCCUGCCCGGCCGUGUCCCAUCACACGUGUCCCUGCCCGUCCGUGUCCCAUCACGCAUGUCCCUGCCCGGCCGUGUCCCAGCGCGCGUGGCCCCGCCUGUCCGUGUCCCAGCACGCGUGUGACACGGCGUGGCCGCGCAGGGGACAACAAGGAGGAGGACAGCAGCGUCAUCCACUACGACAACGAGGCCAUCGCGCGGCUGCUGGACCGCAACCAGGACGCCACCGACGACGCCGACGUGCAGAACAUGAACGAGUACCUGAGCUCCUUCAAGGUGGCCCAGUACGUCGUCAGGGAGGAGGACAAGACAAACUGCAAAGGCACUGAUGAACGUCCUCCAUGCCUCAGGGACAACAAGGAGGAGGACAGCAGCGUCAUCCACUACGACAACGAGGCCAUCGCGCGGCUGCUGGACCGCAACCAGGACGCCACCGACGACGCCGACGUGCAGAACAUGAACGAGUACCUGAGCUCCUUCAAGGUGGCCCAGUACGUCGUCAGGGAGGAGGACAAGUCCAAGCGGCAGCUGCGGAACGAGAAGGACAAACCCCUCCCCCCACUGCUGGCCCGGGUGGGCGGCAACAUCGAGCACGGGCAGGGUGGUGACACAGGGACAGUGGCACAGGCGGUGUCAGUGGCACGGGGACAGUGUCAGUGGCACAGGGACGGUGGCAGGGAUGGUGGCACAGGGACAGUGGCACAGGCGGUGUCAGUGGCACGGGGGCGGUGGCACGGGGGUGGUGACACAGGGGCGGUGGCACGGGCAGGGUGGUGGCAUGGGUGGUGUCAGUGGCACAGGGACGGUGGCAGGGAUGGUGGCACAGGGGCAGUGGUACAGUGUCGGUGGCACAGGGGUGGUGGCACAGGCAGUGUUGGUGACACAAGGGUGGUGGCACAGGCUGGGUGUCAGUGGCACGGGGACAGUGUCAGUGGCACUGGUGGUGUCAGUGACACAGGGGCGGUGGCAUGGGCGGUGGCACGAGGGCGGUGGCAGGGCGCUGGUGGCACGGCGGUGGCCCUGAGCGCUGUCCCCAGGGCCUACGUGUCCCUGUUCAUGCGCCACCUGUGCGAGCCGGGCGCCGACGGCUCCGAGACGUUCGCGGACGGCGUCCCCCGCGAGGGGCUGUCCCGGCAGCAGGUGCUCACCCGCAUCGGCGUCAUGUCCCUCGUCAAGAAAAAGGUGCAGGAGUUCGAGCACAUCAACGGGCGCUGGUCCCUGCCCGAGCUGGCCCCCGAGCCCAGCGCCGACUCCAAGCGCUCGUCCCGCGCCUCCUCCCCCGCCAAGACCGGCCCCCCCAGCCCCGAGCAGAGCGGCCCCCCCAGCCCCGCGCCCCCCACGCCCGCCACGCCGGCGCCCAGCGAGCGCGGGGACGGGCCAGGGCCACCCCCGGACAGGGACGAGGGUGACACCAGGGACGAGAAGGAACCCAAAGGCCCCGAGAAGAUGGAGACAGAUCCCCCUGUCCCCGAGGUGCCACCGUCGCCGGGCGAGGGCAGCGAGGCCGAGGGGCCCCGCAAGGGGGACGAGGAGGAGGGGCCCGGCCACAGGGACCCCGAGGCCGAGGGGACCCCGGCCCGCGAGGAGCGGCCAGGUGAGAGCCCGGGGAAGGAGGCCAAGGCCGAGCGGGAGCCCCGGGCGGAGCCGCGGCCGAACGGGCGCCGCGAGGAGAGAGCCGAGAAACCGCGGUUCAUGUUCAACAUCGCCGACGGCGGCUUCACCG